AUGCCUCUCAUUCAAAGCACAACAGACGCGCUGCCGUAUAUUGACGCGCAGCCCUCUAAGGAAGCUCUGUCUGCUGCUAAUGCGUUGAUACAAGCCGAACUGGACGCCGAACAUGCAAACACAAUGCACCCUUCAAUUCCUGCGCAGCGGGAAUCUCAUUACUCAGAACUCGUCGAGGCAGAACAUGCGCGAAUCGCAUCUGGCAAGCCCAAAGCUGGUGGACUGGAUCUCAGCCGAUAUGAGCUCCUGGACGCGCCUCCCAAAGGAGAUUUGCCCGCAUGGAAGGCCGCAUUGCAACAAGCGUAUACGAGUGCCGAGUAUCUUCGCGGUCGCGAGAUCAACCUAGGCUUAUUGGAGACAUACGGAAAGAACGCCUGGCUGAUUGGCAAUAGUCGGCUGGAAGAUGAGCUGCGGGCGGUGGAGAGGGAGCUGGAGGUUGCCAAGCUGGAGCUCGAGCAGGUGGAGCAGGCCCGACGCGCAACUCAAGGAAACGUUGCCGGAGAGAUGCAAGGGCUGGAAGAGGGAUGGAAGACAGGUGUUGGUAGGAUGAUCGAGACUCAAGCUGCUGCUGAGAGACUGCGGCAAGAGAUCCUCGAAAGGAAGAGGCAGGGUGCCUCGUGA